ACGUGAAGCUAAACGAGAAAGAAAGGCCGAAGAUGCGGCAAGAAUAGAUAAAGCAAUUGAAAAAGAAUUGAUUAAUCGUUUGAAAAGUAAAGCUUAUGGCGAUAAUCCAUUAAAUGUUAAUGAAGAAGUUUGGAAAUCAGUUUUAGAGGGUGAUAGACUUGAAGCCGAAGAUGAUAUGACUGAUGAAAGUGAUGUUGAAGAUUUAGAGGAAAAUGAAGAUUAUAGUGAUAUACUUGAUACUUUGGAAGAAAUUAGUGAAGAGGAUGAUGAGGAAGUUGAAAAACCAAACGUCAAGGGUAAAAGAAAAGGUACAAAAACUAAAGAAUCACGAUCGAAGAAAAGAC